GGUGGCACGCGGGCAGCGGCGGCGGCGGCCCAAGAUGGCGGAGCUGCAGCUGGACCCGGCGAUGGCGGGGCUGGGAGCGGGUGGCGGCAGUGUGGGGGGCGACGGAGGUGUUCCGGGCCGCGGGCCCCCCAGUCCUCGGCCCGCGGGCCCCACGCACCGUGGACACUCGCGCCCGCCCGCCGCCGGCGCCGCGCAGCCGCUGGAGCCGGGUCCGGGACCUCCCGAGCGGGCGGGGGGCGGCGGCGCGACCCGCUGGGUGCGGCUCAAUGUGGGCGGCACCUACUUCGUGACCACCAGACAGACCCUUGGCCGGGAGCCCAAGUCUUUCCUCUGCCGCCUCUGCUGCCAGGAGGACCCGGAGCUGGACUCGGACAAGGAUGAGACGGGGGCUUACCUGAUUGACAGAGACCCCACAUACUUUGGUCCCAUCCUAAACUACCUCCGCCAUGGGAAGCUGAUCAUCACCAAGGAGCUGGCGGAGGAAGGCGUGCUGGAAGAAGCAGAGUUUUACAACAUCGCAUCCCUUGUGCGGCUGGUUAAGGAAAGGAUACGGGACAAUGAGAACAGAACCUCGCAGGGCCCCGUGAAGCAUGUCUACAGAGUCCUGCAGUGCCAGGAAGAGGAGCUCACGCAGAUGGUCUCCACCAUGUCUGACGGCUGGAAGUUUGAGCAGCUCAUCAGCAUCGGCUCCUCCUAUAACUAUGGGAACGAGGACCAGGCCGAAUUCCUGUGUGUUGUCUCCAGAGAGCUGAAUAAUUCCACCAACGGCAUCGUCAUAGAGCCGAGCGAAAAGGCGAAGCCCAGGACAAGCCGCAGCCCGCAAGCCCUCCCCCAAGGCCAGUUCCCAAUGAGUACCACGAGCAAACCCCGCACCUUUGAGGACAAAGUCCUCUGUCCCAUUUGCCUGGAGGUGUUCCAAAACCCAGUGACCACUGCCUGCGGCCACAGCUUCUGCAUGAGCUGUCUGCAAAACUGCUGGGACUACCAGGCUGCUGCGGGGGCCGGCCACUACUGCCCCCAGUGCCGCGAGAGCUUCCCGUCCAGGCCCCGCCUCUGCAAGAACGUCAUCCUGGGGGAGAUGGUGGCCUGCUUCACCCAGGCCAAGGGGUCCCUGGGGAAUCCAGCGGCUGCGGUGGGGCCCAGGGAUGUGCCCUGCGACCUCUGUCCGUCCCAGAAGCUCAAGUCGGUCAAGUCGUGCCUGCAGUGCAUGGCCUCCAUGUGCGAGAGGCACCUGCAGGGCCACGCCGAGGACCACCAGUUGCUGGAGCCCCUGUGGGACCUCAAGGCCCGCCUAUGCCAGAAGCACCACAAACUGCGGCGGCUCUACUGCCGCAAGGAGGGCUGCUGCGUGUGCAAGGCCUGCGGGCUGGAGGCGCACAAGGACCACAGCACCGUGCCGCUGGAGAAGGAGCGUGCCCGCCUGGAGGUUCAAGUCCGGAAGGUCCAAGCCAAUGUGGAAAACCAGAUGCUGAUCAUCACAGCCAACAGGCAGAAGCACCGGGGGCAGCUGGCCUUUCUGUUGAAGAGAAUCCAGAAAAUGCAAGAUGAGGUGAAUGCCUGCUUCUCAGGGAUCAUCCACGAGGCCCAACAGCUGCAGGCCAAAAUUCUGGAUUUCAUCAAGAAAGAGGAGGCAGUCGCUCUGGACAAGCUAGCCAGCUCGCUCCAGCAGAGCGACGGCCGGCUCCUGAAACUGGAGGGCGACAGUAUCUGGCUGCACACCCUGCUUACCAACUGCAGUGAUGAGCAGUUCCUGCAGGAGAUCGAAAGGCUGCAGCAGUUCCCGUCCUGCAAGGAGCCCCUGAUGGGCACCAACUGCGAGGACGCACAGAGCUUCUUCCAUCUGCCGGAGUCCAUGGCCAAGCUGCAGACGUGGCUCACGGACGUGGCUCUCAGCUUCAUGGAGCAGCUCCCCCAGAAGGGCAUCAAGAUGAACUCCUAUGAGGUAUUGCCCCCAGCUGUGGACAGAAAGACGCUUCUCCAGUAUUACUGCAACCUGAAUUUCGACCCUGCCACGGCCACCAAGGAACUGUACUUCUUCAAGGAGACCCACUCGGUGCUGAACCUGAGCGUGCUGCUGGAGCCAUCGGCCACCGCUGACCUGGGCUCGCAGCCGUGGCCGCAGGUGCUGUGCUCGCACAGCCUGUCCAAGGGCUGCCACUACUGGGAGGCCAAGGUGUCCAACUCGUGGGUGUGCCUGGGCGUCACCUACCGCCGCAUCCCCCAGCCUGGUGGCCUCCCGCCCCACCACACGGUCUACCUGCUGGGCCGCAACGCCUACUCAUGGUGCCUGCAGUGGGACUCGCUCCGGUUCUCUGUGUGGCACAACAACACCGAGAUCGUGCUGCACGGCGCCUACCAGCACACGCUCGGCGUGGUGCUUGACUGCACCGCCGGCUGCCUCUCCUUCUACAGCGUGGCCGAUGACGUGAGCCUCAUCUACCGCUUCCUGGCCACCUUCCUCGAGCCGCUCUAUCCAGCGGUCAUGGUCAGCAGGGGCGCCUCUGUCACCCUGCAGCAGUGCUCAGAGCUAUUGCCAACCGAGCCAACCCAGGCCAACUGCCAAUAAAGCAGGAUUCUACU